AUGGUGAAACUCGAUACAUUUGAGAUUGAUCAUUGGAUUCUGACUCGCAGUCCUGGAGCGAGACACAAUCUGGCCCAUUCAUAUUCCCUUCCUGUCACUAUCCAGGAGCUCGGCUCGCUAGGUACCAACCCAGAUGAACAUGUUGAUAACCCCUUGGCCACGACUCUGUCACUGCCAAUGAACUAUGGUCCAUCUUUUACGGGCCUCGAGAAGCUGCGCAUGAAUAUAGCUGCAUUGUACGGCAGUGAAUCAGAGGCUGUCAUAUCUCCCAGCAACAUCAUCACCACACCUGGUGCAUCGCUGGCAAACUUUAUCGUGUUCUUUGCCCUGGUCGGACCCGGAGAUCAUGUCAUUGUCCAACAUCCAACUUACCCUCAGUUAUACUCUCUACCAUCCUGUCUGGGUGCUGAGGUGAGUCUCUGGCAAGCAAGCGAGAAUAAUCACUGGCAGCUUGAUUUGGACGAACUGGAGCGUCUCAUCCGGCCCAAUACCAAGAUGAUCGUCUUGAACAACCCCCAGAAUCCCACAGGCGCCAUCAUUACCAAGUCAACUCUUGGUAAGAUUGUCGACCUGGCCCGCCGACACUCCAUCACCAUCUUCAGCGAUGAGAUCUAUCGCGCCCUGUUCCAUUCGACCUCGCCGACGGACCCCGAAUAUCCCCCUUCCCUGCUCUCAUUUGGGUAUGAGAAAUCAGUGGUGACGUGCUCGCUCUCCAAGACCUUUUCCCUCGCCGGGAUUCGCGUGGGCUGGAUAGCUUCUCACAGCUCUUCCAUUCUCGAUCUCUGUCUCAAUGCGCGCUCCUAUACGGUUAUCACAGUUAGCCAGAUCGACGAGCGAAUUGCUGCUAUGGCCCUCGAGCCUGUUCGUCUGCGGGAGUUGAUGAAACGCAACCUAGGUCUUGCCAAGCACAACCUCGAGAUUGUGCAGUCAUUCAUUGACCAGCAUUCUUCGGUCUGCGAGUGGGUUCGUCCAGUCGCUGGACCAGUCGGGUUUGUCAAAUUUAGCCGAAAUGGCGUCCCUAUCGAUGAUCUUGAACUCUGUAUCCUUCUUCUCGAAAAGAAGGGUGUGUUACUCGUGCCGGGGCAAAAGUGCUUUGGAGAGAAGUUUAAAGGUUAUGUCCGACUGGGCUUUGGGCAAAGUACUCAGGCUUUGGAAGCUGCAUUGGAGGCGCUGGCUGCCUUCAUUAGCGAGGAUUAUGAGGUGGUGCCCUUGGCUGAGCGUAAAUGA